CGAUCAUCGCAGCGGCGGCGGCGACGGCGGCGACCGCCCUUUCGCGCUGCAAGGAAUCCCCACACGUCGAAAGAAUACGACCGCCAUCGACGGACACACGCAGGAGAGAUCUGCCGGCUCGAGACACCACAUCAUCCAUGACACCGUGGCUCAGCCCUUCCCGCUUGAUCUGACGAGGGACAGCGACCUGACUCCCCGUUCCCGCGGACAACCCAUGCUGGCUCUACUGUUGUCCGAUGACCUCCCUGGCAUGGCCAUUGAGGUGACGCAGAAGGCCGACGCAUUGCGUAUGCUGACAAUGUUCGAGUCGCUCAGAACUUCCGUGUAA